AUGACUUCUCAAAUUCCCGUCUGGCUUGACUGUGAUCCUGGUCACGAUGACGCCUUCGCCAUCCUUCUCACAGCGUAUCAUCCCCGGAUCAAGCUCUUGGGAAUUUCUACCGUGUUUGGCAAUGCCUCCUUAAAGAACACAACAUACAAUGCCCGCUCCCUCAUCACAGCCAUCGGCAAAGAGAAGGAAAUCUCCAUCCAUGUCGGCCUAGACAAGGCCCUCGAGCGCCCAGCCCUCCACGCCCCCACGGACAUCCACGGCGAGUCUGGUCUCGACGGCACUGAGCUCCUCCCCAAGCCCCUAAGCGAGGUGUCGCCCGUCCCCGCCGUCGAGGCCAUGGCCGCCGCCCUCAAAGCCCAGCCAGCAGGCACCGCCUGGAUCGUGGCAACGGGCGCCGUCACCAACGUCGGCGCCCUGAUCCGCAAGCACCCCGAGCUGGCCUCGCACGUCAAGGGAUUCAGCGUCAUGGGAGGCGCCAUCGGGGGCGGCUUCACGGACGCGCCCCUCGGCGUCAUCGACGGCAAGCCCCGCAUCGGCAACUGGACACCCUACGCCGAGUUCAACAUCCUCGUCGACCCCGAGGCGGCGUCGGAGCUCUUCAGCAACAAGGAGCUCGCCCCCAAGACGACGCUGAUCCCCCUCGACCUGACACACCAGGUCCUCGCUACCGCCGAGGUCCGCCAGACGCUCCUCUACGGCAAGGACGAGGAGCAGACCGGCCCCGGGAAGACGAAGCUGCGCACCAUGCUCGUCGAGCUCCUCUACUUCUUCGCCAAGGGAUAUGCUGACAAGUUUGACAUCACCGAGGGCCCACCCCUGCAUGAUCCUCUGGCAGCGGCCGCUGUGCUCGUCGGCACACCAGAUGAGAUUCCUUUCUACGACUGGGACGCCGCCAAGAGCACGGCCCCCGAACAUCACGAACGCUUUGAGGUUACCGUCGUCACCGAGGGAACGUUUGAGGAGGCGCAGGUCAAGGAGACUGGCCGAACGAUCGCCAAGGAGCUCCCAGCUGGCUCGGAGGGCAUCCGAAUCCCACGUUCAUGCGACGUGAAGAAGUUCUGGGAGGUCAUCGAGGAAUGCGUUGAGCGCGCGGACGAAGCAAACAAGGCCCUUGGAAGGUAA